AUGGCAACACCCAAGCAUUGGCCUACAGGGGUCACGUACAUUACCAAACCAGUUUAUCAUUCAUCUGUUACCAAAGAUGUUGUGAAUCUCCUUCGCUCGUCAGUGACGGGAGGGGGUGAUCUACCAUUGGUCCUGUCAGAAUUACAAACAAUCCCAGUUGCGCCUGCUGUCGAGAGCAGUCACAGACUGACACAUAUCCAGCGCAUCGACGACAAGGAGCAUCCAGCGCAGGGACAACUUGGAUUGUUUGCGUCGAGAAAGGUUGCAGCGGAUACGAUGCUCCUAUUCUACAUAGGCGAGGUGCAUGCACAAGACAGAGACUCGGACUACGAUCUCUCGUUACUCCGCAUCCCAUUACAGCGACCAACUGGACCUGGGAAGUCGGAUCUCUUAUUCAUUGCCCGCUUCAGUAGACACGCAGAUUCAGAGUCCUGA